AGGUAAGAUUUGGGCGAUUGCCCACUGGCCCAAUAUGUUGGGAAUUCUUAUAUCUGGAAACGGAUUUACUAUUGACGGCCCUGAGCUUUACGAAGUUCGCAUGGUUACACUAGCGUUAGUCAUUGGCGUAUGUGUUUUCUUAGGCAUCAGUCAAUCGGCAACCGAUGCGUGGGUCGUACACAUUCGGAAUACGUACGUAGACUUGGAGGAAGCCGCCGCAACACGGGACGGAGCUGUCAUCUGUGAGAAUCUGAUAAGCUCAAGCUGCUAGGUUAUCCUCAGCUGAUGCAGAGAACGGUCCCUGUAUUGUGCACGUUUCGAGGAUGGUCACCGCUGGCGGGUGUUUUGCUGGGCUUAAUCUGCUAGAGAGGGGGGUUUGAGAACUGGGGCUGGUGACGGGGAUUUUGAGAGCUCGCGCACAAUUGAUCCUGAAAAGUGCGUGCGUGUGUGUGCAUAAACUCUCAACUGAAUUCUCAGAAGCGGGAAUAUUACUCUUCCCAGCUUAGCUUAUCUGCCUCUGUGGCAUUUGCGCUAUGGAGUCUUUAGUUUGGAAAUUGUGGCAUUCUCGAUUUCUUGUCCAUCGCGACAGCAUUUACAUCUCUUGAUUACCCUUCGAUGCGACCAAAUCUGGUAUCAGCUCACGGUUCUGCAGUUGAGAGGGUUCUAUAUCAGUAAAGUGGAGGCAAAUGGUAUAGGCUGAUCUAUUAUCCUCGGUGUGAUUCAAUCUCAAUGGCCCGGCUUUCUCUAGAAGGCACUUCCAAACAAAACACUCUGGGCGCUUUGCACAGGAUCGGCCAAGUGAUCCGCGGGUUUGAUAACAGCCUUGCGGAGUUAAAUGAAGUAGAAACCCUUUUGGCGAAUGAAACAUCCUCACCCGGCAUUGAUUUCAAUGGCUAUCAAGAGGACGGGCCGGACCUUCAACUAGUCGUCUCUAUGUUAAAACAGAUGGUGGAAUCAUUAGUUGCCGAUAUUAAAUCGGCUAUAGCAUUGGAAGUGUUGCUGGCAAUGCAAGACAUUACCCAAGCAACUGAUUAUCCUCCCCGCGACGUGAUCCCUCAGAAGGAGCCAUUCUCAUUACUCGCCGCUCCAGGUAUACCUAAGGCGGCACGCAUCUCCGGCUUAGAAUCAGUAGAAAGGGACUCUGGCGCUUCUACAAUCGGUUCAGGGGUUUGUAGACACUCGUGUAUAUAUCACGCCGAGGUGAUGGAUCCAUGGCUAUGGAGCAGGUUUCCUGAGCAUUUACUUGGUCUCGUGUUUGCUCGGCUUCCUCUGCGCCAGAUUUUUGCCAUCCAGGGUCUCUCCAAGACGUGGCAAACAACUUUGAAGACGUCCAGCUUCAGACGAGUCUGUGACGAGGCUCAUUCUAAGCUCUUUGGAAUGUUAGGAAAUAAUCAUUAUCUUGAGGAAUUUUGGGUUGCAGCUUUCGACUUCAAAACCCACAAAUGGUGUUACCAUGCUCUCAAUAGACUUCCAUGGGUGUAUAGAGUGAAUUCAAUGUAUGCACACGACGGGGGGUUAGUUUGCUUUGUCCCGCCUUACGGAAUGGACCAAGAAAUUCUCCCAAUUCUUAUCUGUAAUCCAAUUACAGACGAUUGGCGAGCCCUACCUCUGAUAGAUUUGAGCAUGAAGCAGCCUCUGAUGGUGCAAUUGCUGGUGGAGGCCGAAACCUCAGGAUGUUACAAGGUAAUGGUGGUUUACAGGGAUAGGCCUCGUGGAAGAAUCGCAGCGGACUGUUACGACUCUGAGAUGGGGUUGUGGGGCACAAUGGGCUCUGGCAUAGUCUAUGGAACUGGUGAUACAACAGAUGAAGGACAAAGUAAUAACGCUCCCUUUGUUUUUGAUUGCACGUCAGGGAUGCUAUAUGAUCUCAAGAACCACCCGUCCCUUCAAGGUCAGUUAGUCGAAGGCUUCGCCACCAUUCGAGACCGCAUUUUCGCUCUAUACGAGUGCGAGUGUGCAGACCCGCAUUCAUUGACAUACGAAGUCUCAGAGUUUCUGUGGCAAAACAGUGUAACGGAGCUAGUCAAGAUGAAAUCUUACCAGAGCAUCCUAGAGGAGGUUCCCAAUGGCUAUAAACUGAAGCUCUGCUCAAGCGAGGAUUACAUUCUAAUUGCCGCAUUCAACAACGAAGGUAUGGAAGGCAUUUACGAGAACCGUCAUCAAGUUUUAAGAGUCUAUGACGUCGCUACUGAAGUUUGGCAUAGCCUUCCAGUGUUGAAUCAUUACUACACUUAUGAAAUGCUGCGAGAUACUUUCAUGUGCAAGCUGCGGUGGGACGCCGUCCCUUGAGCCUAGGAAAGGUCAGUUGUAAUUGAGCCUGGAGGUCAAGGUUUAAGCUUUGAAUUGGUUUUGAUGGACAGGUUGUUGCUACUCCUUGAGCAUACGGAUUGUAAACUAUAAGUUAGCCCUCGAGUAGUGAUAUUACUACUCCUUGAGUGUAUGUGAAGCUGGAGGUGGGUCGAGGUUUAGGAGUUUUCUGGUCAGGUUUAAUUUUUAUUUUAUUUUGUGUGUAACUGUAAUUGGUGAGCACUACCACAGUGCCUUUCAUUCAUUUUUGAAUUUUAAUUUUUUUAUAGAUGA